AGCGGACUUGACUCCUUUAUGGCGGCUAGUGUAAUGGAAAUGAUGAUGGAUCUAGCCAAACAGGGUAGAACUGUUAUCUGUACAAUUCAUCAACCAGCUUCACAGCUGUUCAAUAAGUUUGAUCGUCUUCUUCUCCUGGCUGAGGGUAGAACAGCGUAUCUAGGAGAUGCCAAAGGAGCAAGCAAAUUUUUCAGUCUAUGCAAGUUUCCUUGUCCUGAGAACUACAACCCUGCAGAUCAUUUUGUUGAAGUUCUAGCCAUAGCACCAGGUAGAGAAGAUGAAUGCAAAGAGAAGGUUGCGUCAAUUACCGAGCAAUUUGACCAAUCCAGGGAGGGAGAGCUUCUGCGUGAAGAGAUCCUAACAGAAGAAAAGAAUAUAUCUGAGGAAGAGCAAACUACAACAAUGAAGAGAUCACCGUAUAAGGCUUCCUGGUUUACUCAGUUCCGAGCAUUGACCUGGAGGAACGCUUUGGCAAUCUUUAAGGAACCUGUUCUUAUCAAAGCUCGGUUUGGUCAAGCAAUAUUGAUUUCGAUUAUUCUGGGAAUUAUCUUCUUGGGUCAAACUAUGGACCAAGCUGGAAUUCAGAAUAUCAACGGAGCGUUCUUCAUCUUGGUGACGAAUAUGUCCUUUGGAAGCAUGUUUGCAGUUAUAAAUGUGUUUUGUGAAGAGCUACCGAUAUUUCUUAGAGAACACUUUAACGGAAUGUACAGAGUGGACACCUAUUAUCUCACAAGACAGCUGGUUGAUAUACCUAUGUCUAUCAUCGAACCUACAAUCUUCCUCACAAUCCUCUACUUUAUGGUUGGGAUGGAUAGAACACCGGAGAAGUUCUUCAUUGCUCUGGGGAUAGUUCUAUUACUGGUUCAAGUCAUCGUAUCAAUGGGUUACUUGAUGUCCUGCCUUUCUCCUGAUGUAAACAUUGCUCUACUAAUAGUUCCAGUAGUUCUUAUUCCAGUCAUGCUGUUCGGAGGAUUUUAUCUUAAUACUGGAAAUGUUGGUUGGUUGGUUUGGUUAAAAUACCUGUCCUGGUUCCAGUAUGGAUUUGCUGCACUAAUGAUAAACCAAUGGAGCGAUAUCACCAACAUAACAUGUCCCGCACCAGCUGCUAGUGACAGCUUUCUCCAAACUACAACUCUGCCAUCUAUGUUUGAUAUUGAGAACUAUACUUUGCCGUUAGACUUUACUGCUCAGAACUUGACUGGCCAAUCAGGACCCGAGUUUACCCUUCCAUGCAUCAGAACUGGGAGACAAGUACUUGAUCAGCUCAAUUUCGACCCAGAUGAUUUGGGAUUUAAUAUUGGAUUGUUAGUGGUAUUGUCUGUUGGAGCCAGACUCUUGGGGUUUGUUGCAAUUUACAUGAGAGCAAGAAAGAAGUGAACAUAUUCUCUCUGAAGUUAACCAUUCCAUAUAUGACAAUUGUUCUGUUCGUUUUUCAUAGUUUGUAAACAUAUUUCUACUUUGUUUUCAUAAUUUGAAAUAAGUGAUUAUUAACCUAAUCAUAUUUUAUAAUUUGCUGAUUUGUCAAAUAUCUACCUCCAAUGUUUUCUAAUUUUUCCACACAAAUGAAAUCAUAAUCAAAAUGUAAAAUGUAAUGUAAGUAAACUAAGACUUAACACUUUUUGACCUGAAUAAUAAGCAUAAUCUAUAAUUAGCAUAAUGACCUUUAUCUGCAUUUAGACUUUAACAAAAUAUUUUAUCAAAUAAGAUCAGGGGGACUGGAUCAUAGUUACCUCUCCGUGUAAAUUGGCCUGAGUGUACACUUGGGAUAGUUUACUCUGAUAAAGGAUAUUAACUGAUUAUGUCCUAUUUAUACAGUAAUAACAUCCUAUAUACAGUACGCUUUCGGAUUACUCAGUUUUCUCAGAACAGUUUAUAAACGAUAAUGUUGCUCUCUAAUAUACUGUAAUGCAGGUCUUCCUGUGAAAAUUUAAUCCUGCACACGAUAAAGGAGUAUUGGAUUUUAAUGGUUACAUGGAAAACAAAUUCUCCACUUAAAUAUUUUCAGAAAUCACCCCCGAGUACUGUAAUAUACAGAUUGACCAUUGAAAGUGGAGUACAUUGCCUGUACAAUUAAUAAAAGAAUUAGCGUACAUCAUCACUCUAUAUACUAUAACCUCGAUGCAUAAAAUUUAAAAAUCGUACUAAAAAAAUUUUAGCCUGAUUAUUUAAUAUCGGAAAAAUUUCAACGUAUGCAAAAAUAAAUUAUGGUUUUCUUGGAUUUGAUGCAUAAUUUAAAUUCGAUAUUAACAUAUUCAGAAAUUAUUUUACGUACGAACACAAAAACAUUUUAAGCGAAUUUUUUUUAAUAUGUAAGGUUAAAUACACAAACCCAAGUGCGUUUCGUUUCUAAUGUUGAUAAUGCCUAUAACUGUAAAAACUUAUAUGUUUAGAUGUAAAUAUAAAUAUUAACGUAAAUAUAUGAUUGGAAAAUCA